CGCUCAAUACAGCACCUGCGCGUGCGAAGAUAACAAAUUGCCGUAUUAAACGGUCAAGGAAGUCAUUAUCAAAACAUACAUUCGGCAAUCUCCGAAGCGGACGUCUUCAUAUGCGCAGCAAAAAUAACUAAAUCGACACCAGUCAAUUGAUUUCUCUGUGGGACAAGUUUCACACUGAUCAGACAGAUCUCUCAUUCGAGGUGGAUAUCCAAUGCGAUGUAAAUUUGCAGAUGCAGGAGCAAGUGAAGGUAAGUCCACAUUAUCUCAGGUGUUAUCCAUUCUGUGGCCCUUAUACUGCUGUAAUGCUCGUGCACAACAGCAAACACUUCGCUCCUCGAACAAGUACGGCAUUCAUUAUUACUUUGACGCAGACGAUGGCGACAUGGUGGUUAUGCAGCGACUUCGUGGCGACCUCGAGCAGGUAUAUGCAGACACUGACCUCGCAUUAGUAUCCACAGGCCUUGAUGGAAUCUCAUCGCCUUGUUCGCUAACGAAUUUAACACGAAUCACGGACGCCGCCUCCUGUAUUGACGUCCUACUCAGCCGAAUCAUUCCUUUCGACUGUAAGAUUGUCGGAGACGCUUUCUGGUACGAAGUGACCAAAACCGGUGUUGAAAACAAAGUCGAGCCUGGAAAGCCACCUCAGAAAGAAAAAGCGACGGUAAUUUUGCAAUCCUUCAUCAUGGAAAUGGAGCAAGACGGCAGCCCGGUGAAGAUCCAGUUCCGCUAUGCAACCAAGCGCGUUGUUGAUGAACACCGCGAGGUGGUUGCUUUUUCGGGGCAAAGCCAGGUGCUGGAAGCGUUUGGGGCCGUUAUCAGUGGAGUCCGCUGUCGAGAGAAGCACUGGUUCGUCCUGAGCGAGAUAUCCCCAGGAGUGACAAUGGUGAAGGUUUGCAUGAGCAGGGUCGUCAAUUUUGACUGCGACCUACCCCUCUGUCAACCAUUCGUCGACCGAACUAUUCAAAUGCUGGCGAAGCAGAAGCAGAUGGGCUUCGAGGCAUUGCUGGAGGAUGUCGAAAGGCGAUUAUUUGUAGGUUGCCAGUAACAAAGGAUGAUAGUUAACAACAAAAUCUGGAGAAGGUAAUUCUGUGGCGAGCAUGUUAGAUUUUGGUUACGAUCGUGGUAAUUUGGUGCAGUAAACAGAAUUUUAGUAAAAGAAACGUCGUGAAUUGGGGGAAUCACCUCGAAACACGCAGAUUUUAUCAGCAG